CCCGGUCACAGUACUGCCAAGGUGCCCUCGGAAAUGACGUUGACCGCUCUGCAACUGUCACUGUGCGUCUUGUCAACACUCGUUCGAAGCAGGAUUAUUGACUGCAAUUUUGAGUCCCGCAACCUCCCUUUUCCACCUUUCACGGCAGCCAUAUCCAUAUUUCAGCAUUCAUACCCUGUGUUAUCGCUCUUCAUCUGAGCAUGUCUCGCAGAAAGUCCACCAUGGCGUCGAGCAGUUCUAACAGCGGUGUCUCGUCCGCCGGUGACGGAGGCCAAGAAAAGCAGAAGAUGCUUCUUUCCUCCGAACAUGGCCACUUUAGCUUGGUGAAGGCUCUUCAUCUUGCCGAUUUGGUGACUGAACUCAACGGUUUCUGCGGAGUCAUGUCUGUCUUCUCCUCCAUGCGUUACUGUCUCGGCGAUCCCUCCGAUUACAGUGCUCUGUGGGCCGCCCUCGCAUUCAUGCCAUUCGGUCUGUUCUUCGACUUUAUGGACGGCAAGAUCGCUCGGUGGCGCAAGAAGUCCUCGCUGAUGGGACAGGAGCUUGACUCGCUUGCGGACCUGAUCUCCUUCGGCCUCUCUCCCGCCGCCGCCGCGUUCGCCAUGGGUAUUCGCACCUCGCUCGACCACUUCUUCCUGGCCUUCUUCGUCCUCUGCGGCCUGACCCGCUUGGCUCGCUUCAACGUUACCGUGGCUGUUUUGCCCAAGGACAAGACUGGAAAGUCGAAAUACUUUGAGGGUACUCCUAUCCCCACCACUCUGUCUAUUGCCUCUCUUAUGGCCUACUGGGUGUCCCAGGGCUGGACUCACGCAAACAUUCCCUUUGGCAUCAUUGGCGAGGGUACUAUUCUCGAGUUCCACCCCAUUGUUCUCCUGUUUGUCUUGCACGGAUGUUUAAUGGUCAGCAAGACGAUACACAUUCCCAAGCCUUAGAUGGGAUAUCAAGAAAGAGAACCUGUGGGGGUAAUCUGCCCCAGCAGUAAUUGCCCGUGCUUCUUCCCCUUCACUUGGAUGAUGACUGUGAAAAUAAAGAAUGAGAGAUACGAGACUGUUGUCUAUAAGUGAGCCUGGACACAAUCUCAAUGUACUUAAUAGAGAAUGAUUCUUCUUUCCUAUGGGUUUCGGCAGCAUCAACGGGAAGAUGUUGUGAGGUACUCCGUUGCAUGCAUAUAAUGCAUGGGAAUGACGCAAUGUCUUCAACAGGUAUUCUGGAUUGACGUCGUGGGGUACUGUGAGAUAGUCCAUGGAGUUGAGAAAAUGAACGAUAUUCUUUUAAA